AUGGGGAAGGGGCACAGAGAGAGCUUCGGGGGUGCACACAACAUUCUCUUACUUGAACUGAGGAGUGGCUAUGCAAGUGUUGGUGUUUACACCACUGCCAGACCAGGGCAUGCUGCUUUCCACUGCCUAAGUGCCUUGUUUGGAGCUGGGGCCUUAGGCUUGGCCUCUUACUGGGCACACAGAACCCAGUUCCCAGAUGCCUACGGGAAGGAGCUCUUUGGUAAGACCAACAAACACCACUUAUUACACAGCCUGGCCCUGUUAGGGGUGCCUCUGUACAGAAAGUCCCUCUGGGCCCAGGUGCUGCUAGCUUCUGGAACUACCUCAUUCUGUAUCAGCUUUUAUUACCAGGUUCUGAGUGGAGACCCCAGCACCCAGAUUUGGGCUCCUGAGAGAAGGAGCCUGUUAUUCUUGGGCUGGUUUACCUUGGCAAUUUGA